CAAAGAGAAGACUUCCAGAAGGUGCUUGCCCGUCUUCACGCACAUUCUGAAGUUGGAAAGAAUCAUCUCGAUUCCUUCCUUGCCCUGCCUAUGCAACGCCUUACACGAUUGAAGCUCCUGGUUGAGGUCAUUCAGAAGUUGCAGCAGUGUGUCCUGCGGGACGCUGAGGCAUCUCAGGGGACUGGUUCCACAGACACGGUGUCAGCCCGCACCGACAUAGCGAAAACACAAAUACCUAUAACUAAGGAACAACAGGAUACUGUCCAAAUCGCCUUGAGAGAGCUCAAACGAGUAAGUCUGUUAUGCAUACUGUAA